AUCGAAGACAGGUUUUCAUUCAUACCCUUCACCAACGCGAGUUACGACGCAGUCCUGGAAACAAAGGUGAAAUUUUAUACAAAGAGGAGUCUUUAUGUGCGUGAUCCCAUGCAGCUGAAAAAUAGUAUGGCAAUGAGAGAAAAGGUCCAUAGCCUACGUUUCAACCAAGACCAUGGUUGUUUCAUAUGUUGUAUGGACUCGGGUGUUCGAAUAUAUAAUGUGGAACCUCUCGCAGAGAAGACACAUUUACGAGAGAGCUUAGUUGGCAGUGUUGGUCAUGGGGAGAUGUUGCAUAGAACUAACUUAUUGGCAAUGGUAGGAGGAGGAGCCGUUCCAAAAUAUGCAGACAAUACUGCUCUUAUUUAUGACGAUCGUACAUCAAAAUUGGUGCUUGAGUUUACUUUCUCUGCACCAGUACUGGCUGUCAGGUUAAGAAAAGAUAGAUUAGUGGUAGUUUGUCGACGGCAGAUACAUGUCUUCUCCUUCCCUCACGCUCCUCAGCGUCUUUUCACUUGUGAGACUCGGGACAAUCCUCUGGGGCUGUGUGAGGUGUCCCCCCUCCCCUCAGCCGACAGACACAUAUUGUGUUUUCCUGCCCACAAACUUGGUGCUGUUCAGUUAGUGGAUCUUCUGACAACAGAAUCAACUGUCUCUCAAGCCCCACUUACUGUCCAAGCACAUAAGAGUGAGCUCGCUUGCCUCAGUGUGAACCGUGAGGGCACGUUGUUAGCUACAGCAUCACUCAAAGGCACAUUGAUUAGGGUAUGGGACACUGCUCGGAGAGUGUUACUGGCUGAGCUGAGGAGAGGCUCUGACCCGGCCACACUCUACUGUAUCAACUUCAGUGGUGAUAGUGAAUUCCUGUGCUGCUCAAGUGACAAAGGGACUAUCCACAUUUUCGCCCUUAAAGACACACGGCUAAAUCGCCGUUCAACGUUCUCAAGAAUGGGAUUCUUAGGAGGGUACAUGGAGUCACAGUGGGCCUUAGCAAACUUCACUGUUCCUCCUGAGUGUGCCUGUGUAUGUGCCUUUGGAGCCAACUCUACUGUGUAUGCAAUCUGUGUGGAUGGGACCUUCCAUAAAUAUGUGUUUAAAGCAGACGGCUGCUGCAACCGAGAGUCAUUUGAUGUUUACCUGGAUCUAGUUGCUGAUGAGGAGUUCUGAGUAAAAGGGGCGUACGACCAGAGUGAACAAAGCGCCACUAUGGUCAGUAUCAAAAUUUAUUCACAAAAGGAUGGGGAAACCACCUAUCCCGAGCGAGACUCGGUUACUCAGAAUGGAAGUGGCAGUAUUGUCGAUUUUGUUAAUUAAAACUACCCAAGUGUCACUACGUACAGGGCUGGUGGCAGCAGAUCACAGGGAAGAAAGCGCCUGAAGUGUCUGAUCACCUCAUGUCUCUCGUACUGUGUAGGCCUUUACUUUGGUUUCAUAUUUUACAUUAUUGUCAGAUGUCAUUAAGCACUGUACUGUAUUACUAAACACUUUUAUUUACAUGGCUCAUUAACCCUUUCACGUACGAGAUAAGUUUUCCAGUUCCAAGAUCACAUUUCUGAGGCCCCAAGGCAAGCGAGACAGUGCACGGUGAAUAUUUUUUUUGCUUUAUCAAUUCC